GCGCGGGGCCGGCCCUGCUGGCUCGGAUCCCCUCCCCUCCUACUCCCCGCCGCCCUCGCUCUCCCCCGGGCGGCCGGAGACGGCGGCGGCGUCUGCGGGAAGCCGUGUGUCUCCGCAGUGACGUGGGCGGGCCGAGGGCUCGGUGACGUCAGAAGCUGUGUGUAGCGAUGUGUGUGGGGUUCGGAGAGGCGCCGGCACAGCCAAAGGGAGCGGGCGAGCGGCGGCGACGGCAGCGGGCACAGAUCCAUUAAAAGAAGAAUGAACUGUAAUCCUUAAAGAUAACCAAGCAAUUUUUCCUUAAGUAUAAUUUUUGAUAAUAAAAGUCCAAGUGGAGUCAGAGGCACUUCUUAACCGGUGUGGAGAUUUGUACGAGACUUCAGUUUGUCAACAGAGACCAACAGACAGACAGCUUUUAGAGGACACAUUCCCCCUGUUUUUUUUUUCUUAACUGUUCUUGGUGGCAAAAAUCAAAUUUGGUUGCAUCAUUUUGACUUGCAUUUCAGUCUAGGUUUUAUGGCACAGUAAUGGCAUAAACUUUACACAUGCUUUAUUUUAAAACAAAGCAACCAUAACAAACCAUUGCAUUGAACCUGGACACCUCAAAAGGAGAACUUGAUAGCUUUGUUUUACAUAUACCUGAAGAACUCCAGAAAACAAAAGCUUCCUUAGAAGUGUACCUUUUUGUUUUUAGAAGCAAAAUGAGAAAUUUUAUAGCAUUUGCAGGAAAUUACACUAGGAUGUAAGCGCCAAAACAAGGUUGCAAAAUCUGUUGAGUUAGAUUUCUCUUUGGAGAUUAAGAUUUUCUAUGAGUAAGUUAUAAAUAUUUGUAUACAUUAUUCUCUCUUCAAAGAAGCAACUAAAUAAAAAUGCAAAUCUCAGACUUCAUUAUUUAAAUAGUGUAGCAAUGGAAAACCUUCAGACAAAUUUCUCCUUGGCCCAGAGCUCAAAUAAAACAUUGAAUGGGAUGGGAGAGGAUGGCAGCCCACCAGUGAAAAAAAUGAUGACAGAAAUUCAUGCAAAUGGAAAAACGAUUAAUAAGAUGCCAACGGUAAAGAAGGAACAUUUGGAUGAUUAUGGAGAAGCACCGAUGGAAACUGAUGGAGAACAUGUUAAGCGAACCUGUACUUCUGUGCCUGAACUUUUAAAUUUAAAUCCCAGUUUGAAACACACAUUGGCACAAUUCCACUUAAGUAGUCAGAGCUCUCUGGGUGGACCAGCAGCAUUUUCUGCUCGGUAUUCCCAGGAAAGCAUGUCACCCACUGUAUUUCUGCCUCUUCCAUCUCCUCAGGUUCUUCCUGGCCCACUGCUCAUCCCUUCCGAUAGCUCCACAGAGCUCACCCAGACUGUUUUGGAAGGGGAGUCUGUUUCUUGUUUUCAAGUUGGAGGAGAAAAGAGACUCUGUUUGCCCCAAGUCUUAAAUUCUGUUCUCCGAGAAUUUUCACUUCAGCAAAUAAAUACAGUGUGUGAUGAAUUAUAUAUAUAUUGUUCAAGGUGUACGUCAGAUCAGCUUCAUAUCUUAAAGGUCCUGGGAAUACUACCGUUCAAUGCUCCAUCCUGUGGGCUGAUUACAUUAACUGACGCACAAAGACUUUGUAAUGCUUUAUUGCGGCCACGAACUUUUCUGCAAAAUGGGAGCAUACUUUCUGCUAAAAACUCAUUGGCCCAGUUAAAGGAAACUGGCAGUGCCUUUGAAGUGGAACAUGAAUGCUUGGGCAAAUGUCAGGGUCUAUUUGCACCUCAGUUUUAUGUGCAGCCUGAUGCUCCAUGUAUUCAGUGUCUGGAGUGCUGUGGAAUGUUUGCACCCCAGACAUUUGUGAUGCAUUCUCACAGAUCACCUGACAAAAGAACUUGCCACUGGGGCUUUGAAUCAGCCAAAUGGCAUUGUUAUCUUCACGUGAACCAAAAAUACUUAGGGACACCUGAAGAAAAGAAACUGAAAAUAAUUUUAGAGGAAAUGAAGGAGAAGUUUAACAUGAGAAAUGGAAAGAGAACUCAAUCCAAGACUGAGGUACCAUCAAGAAUGGAAUUGCAGUCAUGGUAUCCUGUUAUAAAGCAGGAAGGUGAACAUAUUUCUCAGACACAUUCAUUUUUACACCCCAGCUAUUACUUGUACAUGUGUGAUAAAGUAGUUGCCCCAAAUGUGUCACUUACUUCUGCUGUAUCCCAGCCUAAAGAGGUCACAAAGACAGAGGCAAGUAAAUCUGUAUCAAGACAGUCAGAGAAGCCUCAUAGUAGUAGUAAACAUCGAAAAACAGUGUCUUACCCAGAUGUCUCACUUGAAGAACAAGAGAAAAUGGAUUUAAAAACAAGUAGAGAAUUAUACAGCCACUUAGAUCCAUCAAUCUCAAAUAAUUCUAUAAGUAAAAAGAAAUCUGAUUCUACCACCUGUGACUUAAUAAGAGACACAAGCAAACAUGGUGCUGCUCCUUCAUCUCUGCUUCUUGUCAAGGACGUUAUUUGUGAGGAUGAUAAGGGAAAGAUCAUGGAAGAAGUAAUGAGAACUUACAUAAAACAACAGGAGAAGCUGAACUCAAUUUUGCAAAAGAAGCAACAACUGCAGAUGGAAGUAGAAAUGUUGAGCAGUUCAAAAGCUAUGAAGGAACUCAAUGAGGAACAACAGAAUUUGCAGAGGGAGCUUGAAUCCUUACAGAAUGAACAUGCUCAAAGAAUGGAAGAAUUUUAUGUUGAACAGAAAGACUUAGAGAAAAAAUUGGAGCAGGUAAUGAAGCAAAAAUGUACCUGUGACUCAAAUUUAGAAAAAGACAAAGAGGCUGAAUAUGCAGCACAGUUGGCAGAACUGAGACAGCGAUUGGACCAUGCCGAGGCUGAUAGACAAGAACUCCAAGAUGAACUCAGACAGGAGCGAGAGGCAAGACAGAAGUUAGAGAUGAUGAUAAAAGAGCUAAAACUGCAAAUUUUGAAAUCAUCAAAGACCGCUAAAGAAUAGAAACUGUUAAAGAGAUUCAUCCGUGUAUUACAGGGUUUUUUUGUUUGUUAUUUGCUUUCGUAUUUGAAUCCUGAAUAUCUUAUUUGCAUGAAGAUAACUGCGCAUUCUAUUUGUAGAUCAGAAAAAGUGAAGAGAUUAUAUAUUAGUACAUAAAUUUUUACAUUUUCCAAAUGAAAGAAAAUGUAUGUUUCUUUGUACUCCCGCCCCCUGUCAACUUGGUAACAAUAAUACGUGGUUUCAACCAGUAGAUAAUUACCUAUAUUUCUAAUGCAAAUUUAAUAAUUGUAUACCUUUUAAAAGCUGCAUUAUGAGAUGGAUAAUGGCUGUGGUCACUUUUGUUAUCCAUAUUUCAGAUUCAAUUUUAGAUAUAAUAGUGGCAUCACAAUUCAGAUGUGUAAUACAAAGCUACCCAAGGAGUAUGUCUUCAUUUUUCUCAACACUAUCUACUUUUAAGUUUAUAAAGUAUACUCAUUAUUAUACACAGAAUUUGCUUUUACUUUGUUCAAAUUGUGGAAUGAAUUCCCACCAGUUUUCCUCCUUUCAGUGUCUCCUAAGAGAGAUUUAUUUCAUUGAUGAAGUUAUAGCACACCCCAUGGACACAGAGGGGAAGGAUGACAUGCUUUGUUAUUCAUUGCUGCUAAACACAAAAUGCAGUUGUAAUUUGUCUUUUAGUUUAAAUGUGGUUGUAUUUAGAAUUUUUUGCAGUGAAUUCAGAAAAUUAAUUUCUGAACUGUUAGAAAUGUCUAAAAUGUUAGUGGUGUGAAAAUAUUAAUGUUCUUGAGAAAAGCUGAUUCCAUUGAUUACAUUAGUUUCCAUAUAAUCCAUCCUGUCCUGUACAGUUUUUAUAUGUAGUUAUGGGUCUUCCUGAAAUUUAUACAAUGGAUUUGUUUUCCUUUAAAUUAUAAAAUAUUAAACAGCUUGAAAGGUUAUUUUGGACUUUUGUAUAUUUAAAUGUUACCUUACCAAAAUUUGCACAAAUGGACAUUUUCAAUUACACUUUAAUAUCAAAGUCAGGAAUUUACAAUCAAUAGAGUUUGAUAGGUUAAUAUAGGAUAGUUUAUAAUUAUUUGCUUUUCAAAGGUUUUUAGAUAAUUUUUAGAUGGCAAAGGAAUUCCACAGUUUGGGGAAGGGCAACAUCUGCACUUUUUUUUUUUUGCACAGAAAUGUUAUUUUAAAUAGAAAAUUUCACAUUAGUUCAUUCUUAGCUUAAAAGUUAUUAGGUAAAAUUCUCAGUAUACAUCUUUUUAAAGGAAGUUUCCUGAGACCACCAUUGACAUUAUUCUAUGAAUUUUUUCUUCAUGUUCUCAUAAGGUACUAUGUGAAAUUCCUUAAGCUAUUUUAUUUAAAAAAUAAUUUUGUUAAAGUUUUAUACUGUUUACAGCAUUGAAGCUAGAUAAUCUAAUGGUAUAGAACUUCAAAUCUCUUUGAUUAUCAUUUAAGUGGUUAUUUUCAUAUUUUGCUUAAUGGUACUCACAUAUCCAAAAAGAACCUUUGUACUUCGCAAAAUGCUGUUUCUUUAAAUAUAGUGUGAUCUAAUGGGUAUUUUGCAUUUAAACCUUAUUAAGCCUAUAAUCUAAUUUGUUGAUUCUUGAGUCUUCUCAAGGAUGAACACAUGUUAAAAUAAUGUGCAAAAGCAAAUGUUUAAAAUGAUGUAUUCUCCCAGUGCCAUUCAUUUAGAUCUGGGCAAGGAAAAAUUACAGACUUUUAUGAUACAGUUUUAUUUUAGUUGUAAGUUAAUCGUGUCACAAGUCAGCUCUUUUGGGAGACAAAUGCAAGCAUCUAUAAUUUUACUUAUUUUUCUAAUUUACUCAAAAGCUUUUGGCUGAUUUUAUUUAGUAAAUGGUAAGCUUACCUAGGUUUCAGCCCAAAAUGUCUAAAAUAAAUUGCUUAUCUUUGAAAUAUGUUAUUUUAGAAUUCUUAACUGGUCCUUAAACACCGUUAUUUAUAAACCCUUGAUUUAGAAUUGAGUAAAGGAAUUUUUUUUCUAAUCUUCACAUAAUGAAAAUUUGCCACAUGACAUUGUAUAGUCUUCAUUUUCUAGAAGAUGCGUUGAUGUGCCAUAGGUUUCUAACUUCCUUGAAAAUAGUUUUUUAGUCAAUUGUAAAUAUUGCUGUUAAAAGUACUUUAAUUUAAAUUGCACCACAUAGCUUGAAAACAAUAUAGAGAUUUUGUAAUACUUUAAAAAAUGACCUCUGCUAAAAGUCUUACCCAUAUAGAACUUAUUCUUCUAUUCUUUGCAUGCUCAUUUUGUGUACUGGUUGCUAAUUUAAAGUUUGUUUUGGUGUUAGUUUUUGUGUGCCAAGUUCACUAGGCAGGCCAAUUUUUUCUCAGAGUUCAUAAUAUUCUUUUUAGGAAAAAUAAAAACAUUUACUCUAAAAAGCUGCAGUAAAGGAACAGCAGCCUAUAGUUUUGCUAGAGCAUCUUUAGAAAGAAUAUUAGCUUACUAGGUGAUGAGUGAUGUUAAAUUGGGUGGUCAUAGUUUCUAUAGUUUAAUAAACCAAAUCUUUAAAGGUAGUAAAUAUAAAACCUGCUGUCAUUGAGGAAGCUCUUAAACAACACAGAUUUUACAAAUGCAACCCUUUAGUGCUAUGAAAAGAUUGUACCAACUUAAAUUUGGCUUGUGCUUUUAAUUUUUAUAAAACUUGUUUUGCUUGCAUUUCUUGUGUCUGGGAGAAUUAUGAUGUUUUAUGCUUCUUGAGCUAAUUUUAUAACAUUUAAUAUAUUACCAGUUUAGAUAUAAAAUCAUUUGUAAAUAUUGAAGUUUAAAGCAGUUAUUAAAGUAGGUAAAAUAAACCAAGUUCUAUGAUACUUGCAGGUUAUCCAUAUCUUUUAGAAGUCAACAGAACAACCAGUUUUUGGUUUUUUGGGGUUUUUUUUUUGCACAUCAGUGGUUUCUGUUUGAAGGAAAAUAAAAUGAAAAAGGAAACUCUAAUGUAAAACACACUUAAGAUAUUUCCCUAGAAUAAAUUGCGAAAUUAGCACUGAAGGUUUUUGAUCAGCUUCUGAAAUUUUCUUCUCAAUGAUAAGGCUUUUGUUUUGAUUAUUUAGGGAAGAACACUCAUUUUUAUUUGCCCUUUAUUCAUUUAAUCCACAUGACAUUAAAAAUAUAAUGAAAAAUUGUGCUGAUACUGUACAUCUGUUCCUGGGCUUGGAACUACUUGUUAAUAGUUUUUAUUGACUGGCAGCAAUAAGGGACAUAUAACUGCUGUAUUAUAUGUUGUGGAAUUGAAUAAUUUAAACAACUUAAAAGGUUUUUCUAGUAUAGGUUACUUAAGCAUUUCCACUAUUGGAAUAAAAGCAUAUAGUUAUUUUAUAUUGCAUUUUGUCUAAAGGACAGUUUUUGUUUUUUUAAAAUCUUUCCACUUAAAUGGCUUUAUAUAAUGCAAUUUGGAGCCUGUUUAGAAAUAAAAUUAAAUGUCUUAUAUAGUGCUACUGUUAUUUUGUUUUUUGUGGAAUCAGGGAUCGAACCUGGGUCCUUGUGCUUGCGAGACAGGCGGCAGAACCACUGAGCUAAAUCUCUGGCCAGUGCUACUGUUUUUUUAAUUAGAAGGUGAUGAAAUGUAAAGACAAAUUUAAAAAUUAAGCCCAGAAAAUGAAAUAGUGUUUAAAGUUAAAUGUAAGAAAUUUAUAAGAUUUUUUCUCCAAUAGAUACCUCACUUGAAAAUAAAGCACAGCAUACUUAAAGUAGUUCUAGUAGAAACAUCUUACUAAAACAGUUGUGAAAUCUAGAACAUUUUGGAGAAUUCGACUGUGAGAAGUAAAACAUACUUGGCUUUUAACUUCUGUUAAAAGUACUCGUUUAUCCUGAUAAUUUUAAGCCAACAUAGCAGUCUUAAAUUAUUUCUGAAUUUCUAACCUGUGAAAGCAGUAAUUGAAUUAACUUGUUCUGCGACUGUUGAAACAAAUCGCUGAUUAUAUUGACUAUAAUUUGACUUUGAUAAAAUUUCUGUGGUUGGUUGCAUUACAUGACAUACGAAACUGUCCUCUACCUCACGUGAAAUAAAUAUUUUAUAUGGUUUUACUAAAAAAUAAGACUCAUCUAUCUGGUUACUUAGUUUACAAAUUUGAAUUAUAUUUAUUGAAACAUGACAUACUGUGCUCUUAGCUUAUACCUCAAUUGUAUUUUGUGCUGUUUUCCAUUUUCAUGCCUUGUAAAUAACUUGUAUAGAUUGUGGGUCAAAUUCCAAAUAAAAACUUCUAAUGCCAAUGAGA